GUGCCUGUGCUGUUUGUGUUGAAUUCAGAAUUGAACUUGAACUGUCGAACUUAAGUACAGCCAAAGGGAAUUUCUAGUUACAUAUUAAAACAAUUUAGUAAUUUUAAAUGGCAGCCGUGAAAGAAGUUGUUUCUGCUUAUCAAAAAUUGAAAUCGGAAUGGACAAAAAAGCCUCAGAAUUUAGAGGCAUGCGGACAGUUGCUGUCAAAAUUAAAGGUUGGUUUGACCAGCCUGAUGUUCCUACCAACAUCAAAUUCAAAGGCUUCACAGCAAGAACUCAUACUAGCUAGAGAUAUUCUGGAGAUAGGAGCGCAGUACAGUAUCGCUGUGAGAGACAUCCCUUCGUUCGAGCGGUACAUGGCCCAACUGAAGUGCUACUAUUUAGACUACAGGGAUCAGCUGCCAGAAUCUUCUUUCAAGUACCAGCUGUUGGGGCUGAACCUGCUGCUGUUGCUGUCACAGAACAGGGUGGCAGAGUUCCACACAGAGUUGGAGCUGCUGCCAGCCGAUCAGAUACAGAGCAAUGUCUACAUCCGCCACCCGUUGUCUCUGGAGCAAUAUCUCAUGGAAGGCAACUAUAACAAGAUAUUCCUUGCCAAAGGCAAUGUGCCUGCAGAAAGCUACAACUUUUUUAUUGAUAUACUGCUGGAGACUGUAAGGGAUGAGAUUGCUACCUGUCUGGAGAAAGCCUACAGGAAAAUAUCGGCUCAUGAAGCCACCAGAAUGUUGAAUCUCCCUAACCAAACCGCAAUCAAGGAUUAUGGAAGUAAGAAAAACUGGACCCUGGGUAGAGAUAAUUAUUACACGUUUGGAGUAGAAGAGAAGAAGUCAGAAGAGGCACUGCCGUCUACUGAGCUGAUUGAACAAGUCAUUGAGUACGCUCGAGAGCUGGAGAUGAUAGUUUAAAAAUCACUUUUACUGUAUGUGUUUUCAUGAAAACUAAGUAUGUAUUAUAUUAAUAUUUUGAAUAAUAAUUUCAUGUUUGUA